AGUGAGUCAACUCUUAGCGCCGUCCUUGGAGUUUGGAGACACAUUCGCAGCGCUGUCCAAACCUGGUUUUGGUGGAAUUCUUUAGAUUUCACCUUUUUUUGGUGAGGGGGGGGGGGGCUCUGAAUCUCCUCAUAAUUCUCCAACUAACUCUUACCGCUGUCCUUGAAUAUUCAAGAGACGUUCCACUGCUGUGCAAAUAUUAGUUAUAGAGCGAAAUAACUCUCCAAAAGCUCUCCAACCGAAUCGUGGAUGUCUGUAGCGGUUAUGGCAGCGAAAGCAGAACUGUCCGGCUGGCCAGACUUCUCAGCUGAGGACUUCCCUCUGUUAGAACAGUCGAAACUGGGACAUGUCGGAUCCAGAACCUGGGUGACAUCAUCUCCAGGAGGAGGACAGUCUCCAUACUCACCUAGAGAUACGGGCCAUUACGCACACAGCGGCUCCAUGGAUCUCUCACUGGAGAAACUCAUGUCGGUGAGUAAACUAACGGACGACGGUGUCAGGAUGGACCUGGAUACAGUACAGGCGGACCAGGGAGAAGGAGGAAACCGUAAGCAGAAACGCCGGCGCGUCGCGGCUAACGCCCGGGAGAGGCGAAGGAUGCACGGGUUGAACAAGGCGUUUGACACGUUGCGGAGCGUGAUCCCGUCCAACAAUAAUAAAUUGUCAAAGUACGAUACUCUCCAGAUGGCUCAGAUCUACAUCCAGGAGCUUUCGGAGCUGCUCACUGGGGUGGUGAAGCCAGAGGGUCGGGGAGGUUCGGGGAGUGGGUGCACCUCUCCGCUGGGGUCUUUCUCUCCAGAGCCCCGGGAGGGUGGUGGCGGGAUGACUGGGAUCAGCUCAAGCCUGCAGGACUCCACCUCCCCACAGCCCCAGAACAGGAGACUGAUCGGAGAUCAGGAGAACACUGGCCCCGUUGGUCACCUCAUCAUUCUGUCUGCGCCUAAAUCUGAUCUAGGAUCGGGAAAUAAGAGGGUGUCUAACACAUCCAACGGGAGUGAUGGAGAGUCGUCGCAUUACAGUGAUUUUGAGGACGGACAGGCCGGCAGACAGUGUUAAAUUUAAAGACUGAAUGACACAACAGGAACUCUUAUAGGUGCCGUUUUAAUAUGGAUUGUUUAAUAUUUGAAAUAAACUGUCUGUGUUUUAGAAUACAUAAUUACGGACACCAAAUGGUUUAGAUUGAGACGGUAGUCUAUGCCUACUCUCCACUACAUUUAGUCAAGAACACAUUGGUCUCAUCUUGCCAUAUGUAUUAGAUAUGGACACCAGGGUUGGGGUCAAUUCCAUGUUCAAAUCCCGUCAGUUCAAGAAGUACACUGAAAUUAAAUGGCUUACCAAUGGGGAAAAAUUGGAAACUGAAUGUAUCCCAAACCCUGCUUGUAGGCCAUCUUGAAAAGUUCCGGGUUAGAUUGAGAUGGUAGUCUAGCCUACAUUUUAGACGAGAACACGAAUAUCCCAGUGAGAAAAAGAUGUUGAACACGAAUAUCCCAGUGAGCAAAAGAUGUCCCUUUAUAAAAAAAAAACAUUUAAAAAAAGAUUGUAGUUAUGAAACUGCAGUAAAAGUGCAUUCUUUAUUUCAAUAAGGGUUUGAAAAUGAGUAUUUUACUCAUAGGGACGUUUCAUCAUGCCAUAUUUAUUUUUAAAUAUCGACACUGCUAAAUAAAAAGAGGUAGCCUACUGUGUGAUAUUGUAGACUUUAUUACGUAUUUAAAUCAGGCCUUGUUGUAUGACUUCUCAUGGGGGCUUUCUCUUUCCUUCCUUGCACUUUAUUGACUAAAUAAGUCUGGAACAUUUGGUUUUAAUGUCUGGCUGCAUUUAUAUAAAAAAAAUGUUUUUUAAACAUAACUACUUGUUAUUUUGGA